GGCGCCCCGUACAGGAGCACGUGUAUGUUGCAGCCCACCAGCAGCUCCCUGGUCAAUGUGACUGAGUGGCCCCCCUUUGUGGUGACGCUGGAUGAGGUGGAGCUGGUCCACUUUGAGCGCGUGCAGUUCCACCUGAAGAACUUUGACAUGGUGAUCGUGUACAAGGAUUACAGCAAGAAGGUCACCAUGAUCAACGCCAUCCCCGUCGCAUCCCUCGACCCCAUCAAGGAAUGGCUCAAGUUUUUCUACCAGUUUUUGCUGGCAAACGAGCAUCAGGUAGCGAAGGAGAUCUGGGAUGAGUACGUGGACUCCGUCAGCAAGAUCUACCUGUCCUAAUUCAAUUCCUACAGCAGCCGGCUGAUGAAAGUGCAGGUCAGAGCCCGUGAUGAAGGCAGCUAUCGCCGUUGCAAAGUCUUGUGUAAUUUGUGCUCUGCUGUCAUUGAACCUUGUUCUCCUCCCCAGUAUGAAGAGGUCGCUGACAAGGAUGAUCUGAUGGGAGUGGAUAACACGGCCAAGAAAGAUAUCCUUUAAGGCCACAAGGAAUAGGACUAGAAUGAGGCCAGUUGGCCCAUCAAGUUGAUUCCGCCAUUCAAUCAUGGCUGAUUUAACUCUCCCUCCUAAACCCAUUCUCCU